ACACGAAGAAGAAGAACAACAACAGGAAGAAAGAAGAAAAAUAAGUUAUCGACUCUGUCCAAUCAAUGAAUGGGCGGAAGUUCGGCUCGUCACCUCCCACCGGGUUUGUAAACACUGUGUGACUGCUACACGUUCACUUCACUGCUCACAGCCGGAACAACCGGAUCGACCGUUGGCAGUGAUUCCCAGCUCCUCCACGGUUUACUUCCCGGUCUCUGCUGCGGCGUGUGAGAGUGAGUGAGUGUGUGUCUGUGUGUGUGUGAGAGACCUGUGACCGGCGGACACUGCAGAGAUGUCGGAUAACGGAGGAUCGGCUGUCGGCCUCUUUGCGUACGAGACGCUGGUUCACGCGGUGGCGGGAGCUAUGGGCAGCGUGACAGCGAUGAGCGUCUUCUUCCCUCUGGACACGGCCAAGAGCAGACUGCAGGUGGACGAGAAGCGGAAGUCCAACUCCACCCCCAUCAUCCUGGCUGAGAUCGCAAAGGAAGAAGGCCUUCAGUCUCUGUACAGAGGCUGGUUCCCAGUCAUCUCCAGCCUCUGCUGCUCCAACUUUGUCUACUUCUACACCUUCAACACGCUGAAGAGGCUGGCGGUCUCCGGUCCAGGCAGGCCCGGACCCGGCAAAGAUCUGCUCAUGGGAGUUGUAGCAGGGGUGGUGAAUGUGGUCCUGACCACUCCCAUGUGGGUGGUCAACACUCGGCUGAAGCUGCAAGGAGCCAAGUUCCGUAACGAGGACCUCCAGCAGACCCAGUACAACGGCAUAUUUGAUGCUUUCUCGCAGAUCAUAGCCAAUGAGGGAGUGGGAACUCUGUGGAACGGCACUCUGGCCUCUCUCAUCCUCGUCCUCAACCCGGCUAUGCAGUUCAUGUUUUAUGAGGCCUUGAAGAGGAAGGCGGGCAGGGGAGGGAAGAAGAUAUCCUCAGCAGAGAUCUUUGUGAUUGGGGCUAUUGCCAAGGCCAUUGCUACCACGGCAACAUAUCCUCUUCAAACAAUUCAAGCCAUCCUGAGGUUCGGUCAGUACAAAGGCGAUGGAAAGAGCCGUGUGACAGGAAGCCUCUCCAACAUUUUCUCCCUGUUCAUGGACAGAAUCAGGAGGAACGGUGUCCUUGGUUUGUACAAAGGCCUGGAGGCCAAGCUGCUCCAGACGGUACUGACGGCUGCCCUCAUGUUUGUGGUGUACGAGAAGAUCACUUCUGCGACCUUCAGAGUCAUGGGCCUGAACAAGAAGCUGAAGCAGUGAACACACGCCCAGUUCAGUGCGGCACGGCAUUAAUACACUUGUUGUAAGUGGGUUUUGUUUGUGCCGGAAGUUACAUUGAUCACAUAAGACAAGAGUUGGGAUUUAGUGCCUUUUAGGGCUACAAACCAUCACCCAAAACAACCACAGAGGUAACCCUUAUGUUUUUAUCCUAGUUCCAUCUGUGCAGACUGACCAUGAAUAUCAGCUCUGUUGAAAUUGGUUGGACUUUUAUGGUAAAUUUAAGGAAGUAAAUCAUGAUAAUGUAUUUGGUAAGUCUGAUAUGGUAACAAAUUUAACCAAGUUACUGGUCUUAAUUAAUCGGACCAUCUAGAAACAACAUUAAUUUUGGCUUGAUUUAAUUUAGCCCCGUGAUGGAGAAACAACCUGUCCAGGGUAUUCACCACCAAGCCUCUCUUAACCCUUUAAGAACUUGAGUUACAGCUAAACGCCAAUGAUUUCAUAUGCACAUAAAGAUAGAGAUUACCUUGCCUACAAUGAAAUUAUAUUUAACAAACAUGAGAUCUUAGGACUAGUAGGGAAAAUAUUACAUUAUUUGUAAAGGAAAGGUUUGGUAGAAACUGUGUUUACUGUCUGUGACACAACUCUGGAAAACAGCGAUCUGACGUUUUUUAAACUUCAAGAUAUAACCAGUGUGUAACUUUAUGAAUGAGCUGUAGAAGUGCUUGUUGCUGAACUCCGUUACCUUUAGCCACAGACCGGCUCGGCCUCAUUCAUUCUCAGUGACUUAGCAUUAACAGCAUUUCCCCCAAAGUGUCAAACUUUGUCUGGGUUCUCCCAGAAAUGAUGAGACCAAUAAUUUACCUCCUGUUGCGUUGCCUGGAUUUAGGCCCUUGGAUCAUUCCUCAUACACUCCGUCAAAUGUUUAACUGUGCAAUUAACUCACACACAAUAUAUCGUUACUACACACAAAUGAGCUGUAACAACAAAAAUGGUGAAAGAUAGAAAUAGGCCGAGCUCCGGUUGAUAUGUCGUUAGUUUUGUAUUCCAGCCUAGAAAGGUUUGGAUUUUAAUAAUUAUAAUAAAUUAACAUGAAUUUAAAAUUACUUGGAAUGAUUCCAUAAAGUAAACUGUAAAGGUUACAGAUGUAAUUAUACCACAGUAAGUGCCUGUUGAUUGUAUCAUAAAAAACUGUACUAUGAUCUGAACUAUGUACUGUGAGGACUGUUGAUGAUUUACAUUAACCAUGAUGCACUGUGUUAUCGAACUAUGUUUUUAAUGAUUGGCCAGUAUGAACGUUUUGAUUCCAUUAUCUCUGUACGUCCUCUAGGUAGGGAAGGCACGGGCAGUUAUUUACAGUAGCCGUUCAUCACUGUGCUCUUUCUGUGAGUUAGUGAACUAAUGUUCUGCAGCCAUGGUUCUUUUUUUUUAUAAUUACAAGAGUUACUGUACGCAACACUGCUGUAUAACUUCAUAUUAAGGGGAUUAACAGUCUUGCAUCUGCUCAUCACAUGCAUUGAUGUGGGACAUUGUCAGUUUAAAAACUAACAAAUGACUCAUUUACUGGAUUUGAGCUUCUCUGCCUGUUAAGUUUGCUCAGUUGUAAAAAGAAAAGUUGGUUUAGACUCAUGCAUCUACUGCCUAGAAAUGCAUCAGUGGAAAUCCACCAGACUGAAUGCCUUUCUAAUUCAUAAUAUUAGACAAGCACAUACCUCAGACUCCCCUAACGAAACCACAAGUCACUAGAUCUGGAUUUUUAUUUGAUUCUGCACCAAAUUGCACAUGCUCAUAAAUAUCAGUCCCCUGCAUAUGUAUUUUUCCAUUAAGAUACAUAAAUUAUUUUCUGAGAAAUCAAGUAAAAUGUUGAGGAGACUUGUGUAAUUGGUGUGGAAAAUCAGACAACUGAAAGUUACAUGAUUACGGGAGAAUGAAAUGGGCUUUAUUUAAAAGAUGAGAAAGCGCUCAAAUCUGGAGAAUGUGUCACUGUUAGUUUAAAAAAAAAACCACAGAGAAGGCAGUCGCUCAUCUGAACAUGUUGUGAUUUGUCUUAACAGUUUACAGAAAAAUAUUUGUAACUGCUGUUGCACUUUCAUUUAUUUUCAACACAUUUUUUAAAAACAUUUUCUAAUUUAGUUUAUUUCAACCCACUAACUGUUUUGGGAAUUUAAAUGAUUGUGAUAACCAGGGAAUAAUAAAGUUUGUGAAACUGUUGACACUA